GUAUUUUGUAAUUUGGGCGCCAUCUUGAAUCCAACAUGGAUGCUCCGUCUGGCUGGAUUAUUUUCGCAUGUAGUAUUGCGUUUGCAAGCGCAAGCUUCUUCGAGGUUCGAUACCCAAGUGUGGUCGUGUCUGCCGAAACCGGGGGUAAUCUUACCAUUGCGGCGGGUCCUAAUGGUGGGAAUAUUUACAUGACCCCAGGGGACAGAGGGACGGUCUUUAUCGGACGGACGGACAUGCUGAAACUCUUCCAGAUCGUUAACAGCCAACCCCCAGUAUGGGGCCAAAAAGCACCUUACGGGACCCUGGGUACAUUCCUUGGUGGUCAGGCAGUAUCUUUGCAGCUCACCGCAAUGGACCCGGAAGGGACGAGUCUACACUACGAGAAGAUAUCCGGUGCGCUGCCGCCCGGUGUGUUCUUAGAUCGCGCGUCCGGCCUGCUGAAUGGCACGGCGCCGGAUGUGGAUGCCACAUAUGAAUUUGGGAUCCGCGUCAUGGACGAGCAGGGAAAAUACGCCGACCAGACGUUUACCAUUGACACCAGAGAGCGUGAUCAGUGCCGCUCAAGUCCUUGCAAAAAUGGAGGCUCGUGCACGGACGACAUGGGGACCUUCUCGUGCUCGUGCAGGACAGGAUAUGGCGGCAAAACGUGCACAAUAUCCUGCGCUAGCGAGAGUGUCGGUGUAGCCAACAACCUGAAGACAAUCCCGGAUGCGCAGAUGGCCGGACACUACUCGUUCGGUGGAAGUGACCACAAGGCGUACGAGGGUCGGCUCAACAGUCCUACCGGGUGGAUCGGCGAGAAUACAAACUCUUGGUUUCAGGUUGACCUCGGCAACCCCCGGAAGGUGUACGCAGUUGCCACCCAGGGCUACUCGGCCACAUUCAACCUACUGACGUUCCAACUCCAGUGUAGCCUCAACGGAAACACAUUCUCUGACGUUAACGGCCUUAACGGAACCGCUGCGGUAUUUGACGGCAGCGGAACCUCGUUCAAUACAGUAACGAAACAGACGCUUCCGGUUCCAGACCUGUGUCGCUACAUCCGGUUUGUGCCAAAAACGUGGACCAACUCUCAUCCGGGCUUCCGAGUGGAAAUUUACGCGUGUGAAGACUUCUAAGCAGAAUUGAGAAUGGCACAGCGCAAUUAUAUGCACAAUGACGUUUCAGCAUUUCUUAUACGUUUAAACCAAUGUUCAAAUGAAUGAGAGUAUAAUUACGCAAACACGUUCAAUUGGAUUAUCCCCCUUUCUGUCGGUUCUAAUCUUAAGUGCUUACAUAUAUUAUACAAGGGAAUAAUAUACUAUCAGAUAGCAAUCACAAACAUCAAAUGGUAACACAUGGUAAACAUGUUUUAAUUUCCUGUAAUCAAUAAACAAUCAUUCAAAGUUGACUGCCUCGUCUCGAUUAUUGAAAACAUUUCUGUUGUUUUAUAUGCAACAAGUGUCACACCUGGUUAAAAUAAAA